AUGGUCAAAUUCACGCUAUACACCGGCGGCUACACAUCGUUCAUCGUUUCCUACCUCUUCGACACGCAGACCUCUGCCCUCACGUACCUCCAAACUAUUCCCACUUCAGCCAAUCCAUCCUGGCUCAAGCAGCAUCCAACCGACAAUAAUGUCAUCUAUGCCGUCAACGAAGUAGGACCGCUCGGGAUGCUGCAGUCCUAUACAGUUACUCCUGCGGGUGGUCUCUCCCUCCUCGAUCAAGUGACUUCGGGCGGAAACGGGCCUGCUUUCUGCGGCCCGCUAUUGACAGGACAGGUCGCUAUCAUGAACUAUGGCUCUGGCAAUGGCGAAAUCGUUCCAACAUCCAAGACCGGUACUCAAUUCAAUAACUCCACGUCGACCCUCCUUUCAUUCACUCCGCCACCUGGUGGUACCUCGAACCCACAUAUGGCGGUUGAGCAUGGCAGCGAGGUCUUCGUCCCAGACCUAGGCGGCGACAAAAUCUGGCGCAUCGGUCAAGUUGGCGGCGGCGCUGGGGAUUUUGCAAUCCAUGGUUUCAUUCAGCACCCAAAAGGGACGGGACCCAGGCAUAUGGCCAUACUGGGCUCAGACUUGUUUGUCCUCCAUGAAACCGCAAAUCUCCUUACAAAACAAGCCAUCCCCUCUUACCCCAACGGUACCUCUCCCUUCCUCGCCAAUGCCACGACGGUUGCUUCGGAUAGCCCCGCGGGUGCGACCUUCGCCGCUGCGGAAAUUUUGCUUCCAGUCACCCCCCAGCCUCUCAUAUACGUGUCAAACCGAAAUAUUGCCGGUACACAAGAUCCUCGCGGAGACACCAUCGGAAUCUUCAACCCUUCUGACUUGAGCAUUGUCAAACAGGUCUACACUGGCCUUGUCAAUAUCCGUGGGAUGGAACUGGGCUUAGGACCGACCGGGGAAGAAUAUCUUGUCGCGCUUGGCGCGGUUAGUGGGGGGAUGGUCAUCUUUAAGCGGGUGGAUGGGGGGCGAAAUCUCGUCGAGGUUGCAAGGAAUUCGAGCGCAGUCCCGCGCACGACAGUGGUCAUGCUCCCAGCCGUUGAAGCUGGUCAUAGUUAG